AUGUCGUCCACACCGUCAUCCAUCGAGAAGCCCCAGGGGGUCGAACCAAUCGAUGAUCACCAGCAAUUAUCAGAACUGGAACGAAACACCUCGGCGCAAGAAAAACAAGAAGACUCUGCCCCCACUCCAGAUGCUUCGCCUCGAAAUAUCCAUGGGUUUCUGUGGUUCCUGGUUGUGAUCAGUAUCCUGUCGAGCAUCUUCCUGUACUCGCUGGACAACACGGUGGUGGCCGACAUCACUCCGGCGGCCGUGAACAGAUUCGGAGACGUUGUGAAGCUUCCCUGGCUCUCGGUUGGAUUUCUGCUCGGCGGAGCGGCGGUUGUCCUCCCCUUUGGGAAGUUCUACGGUCUCUUCGAUGCCAAAUGGCUGUACAUCAUCUCGUCCGUCGUGUUCAAUGUCGGCUCCGCCCUCUGCGGCGCCGCACCCAACAUGGAUUCUCUCAUCGUGGGACGCGUCCUGGCUGGAAUGGGAGGAAAUGGGAUGUAUCUUGGUGUCAUGACUCUCUUGUCCGUGAACACGUCGGACCGUGAGCGGCCGGGAUACUUGAGUUUUGUGGGUCUUGUGUGGGGUAUUGGAACCGUCCUGGGCCCGGUGGUUGGCGGUGCGUUCGUGGAGUCCCCCGCAACAUGGCGCUGGGCCUUCUAUAUCAACCUGUGCGUAUCGGGUCUGUUUGCGCCGGUUUACCUUUUUCUCAUUCCGUCGUUCAAACCCCGUGCCGGGACCAAGAUCACGACGCUUCUCCGUGAGUUUGAUGUAGUGGGAGCCAUUCUCAGCAUCGGCGCCAUCGUCACGUUGAUCAUGGCUAUCAACUUCGGCGGCGCGCUCUAUCCCUGGAAUAGUGGUCCGACCAUCGCCCUCUUUGUCGUUUCAGGGGUGCUGUUCAUUGUGUUUGGGAUCCAACAGGGGUGGGAGGUGUUCACCAGCUUGACCGAUCGCAUCUUCCCGUGCCAGUUCCUGCGAAACAUCAACGCGAUCUUCCUCUUCAUUUGCGCAGCGGCAGUCAACACGGCCGGCUUUAUCCCAAUCUACUAUAUCCCCUUGUAUUUCCAGUUUACAAGGGGAGACGAUGCCAUCAAGGCUGCCGUUCGGUUGCUGCCUUUAAUAUUCGUGCUCAGUGCCUGUAUUCUGGCCAACGGACAUCUGAUGUCUCGGUUCAGCUACUUCCAGCCGUGGUAUGUUUUCGGUAGUGUUCUGACGUUGAUCGGCGGCGUCUUGCUCUCUCGCAUUCGACCCGACACCCCGGAGGCAAAUAUCUACGGUUAUGAAAUUAUUGUCGGUAUCGGGACCGGCUGCUUCAUCCAAGCCGGCUAUGCUGUCAUUCAGGCUGUGGUACCCCCCGCCGAGAUGGCCUACGGUAUCAGCUACAUGAUGUUGGGUACGCUCCGGGCCCCAGUGACAAAAUAUGACAACUCGGGGGCAUUGCCUUUGGUCUCGCCAUUGCGGGAGCGGUUUUCAUCAACAAAGCUGUCACUGGUCUGA